AUGGGUUUUCUUUCGUUGAAGAAGCCCGACGAUGAGGUUGGUGCCGCAUGGCCCUCCAUCAUGGUCGGUGCCUUUGCCGCUUUUGCUGGUAUCCUCUAUGGUUACGACACAGGAACCAUCUCCGGUAUUCAGGAGAUGCCUUACUGGAUCGAGCAAUUCAACGACCCCGCAGCUAGCGGAAGGAUCUCUCUCAUCGUCUCUAUUCUCUCUGUCGGUACAUUCGUUGGUGCCCUUGCAGCUGGUCUGAUUGCCGACUACACUGGUCGCAAGUGGGGUAUUAUCCUCUGCGCCGCCAUUCCUUUCAACCUUGGUGUCAUUCUCCAGGUCGCAUCCACCUCUCAACCCAUGUUCAUUGCUGGUAGAUUCUUCGCUGGUCUGGGCGUCGGUCUCGUUUCUGUUCAAAUUCCCAUGUACCAGGCAGAGACACUACCCAAGUGGAUUCGUGGUUUCAUUAUUGGUUCUUACCAAUUGUGCAUCACCAUCGGUCUUCUGUUGGCCUCUUUGAUUAACUAUGGAACCAAGGACCGCAACGACAGCGGCUCUUACCGCAUUCCCCUCGCUAUCCAGUUCGCCUGGUCUCUCAUCCUCUGCAUUGGAAUGUUCUUCCUGCCCGAGACUCCACGCUUUCUGAUCAAGAAGAACAAGCAAGAGGCAGCAAGAAAGUCCCUCCACUUCCUUCGCCGUCUUCCAGAGGACCACCCUGCUCUUACCGCCGAGCUCGCCGAGAUCACCGCCAAUUACGAGUACGAGAUGUCCCUCGGUACCGCUUCAUACUUCGAGUGCUUCAAGGGUAACACCGGAAAGCGUACCUUCACUGGUAUUGCUCUCCAGUCCCUCCAACAGCUUGUCGGUGUCAACUUCAUCUUCUACUAUGGUACUUCCUACUUCUCCAGAAACGCUCCCCCAGCCGGUUCUGGUAUCCAGUGGCUGCCCGACGCCUUCAUUCUGUCCGUUAUCACCAACGUUAUCAACGUCAUUUCUACCUUCCCUGGUCUCUGGGCCAUUGACAAGUUCGGUCGUCGCCCCGUUCUGCUUGCCGGUGCUCUUGGUAUGGGUAUCUCCCAGUACAUUGUCGCCGCCGCCGGUGUCGCCACUUCCGCCACCGACUACACCUCCGCAUGCGCCCAGUUCGCAUUCAUCUGCAUCUACAUCUUCUUCUUCGCCUCCACCUUCGGCCCCGCCGCCUGGGUCGUCACCGGCGAGAUCUUCCCCCUCAAGGUCCGCGCCAAGUGUCUGUCCAUGACCACGGCCGCCAACUGGUUCUUCAAUUGGCUGUUGGCCUUCAUCACCCCCUACCUCACCGAGAUCAAGUACGCCAACCUCGGGCCCAACAUUUUCUGGAUCUGGGGAGGAUUUUGCUGGGUUGCCGUUGUGUUCGUGUGGGCCUUUAUCUAUGAGACCAAGGAUCUUUCUCUCGAAGAGGUCAAUGAGCUUUACAACACUGUUGGCAAGGCUUGGAAGAGCAAGGCUUACCGUCCUAUGGUCAGCCAGCGCAAUGGAGAUUGGGACUCUGCUCGCUCCAAGGCCGAGGCCGAGGGCAAGACUUCUGUCGCUCCUAGCGAUGAGAUGCUUGAAAAGGCAUAG